AUGGGCAAGAGCCCAGAUAAGAAUCAGUGCUUGCUGCUGAAGAAGAAAAACAAAGAUCCUGACAGUGAUCAACCCCUGAACAGCUUCGAUGUCAGCCCCCUGCGCAAACCUCGCACCUCCCUGGAGACCUUCAAAAAGGUGGGCGUCCUCAUCAUUGCAGCAUUGGUGAGCCUGGCAGCCAUCAUUGUCGUUGCUGUCUUCAUCAAGAUGAUCCUGGACAAAUACUACUUCUUCUGUGGGCAGCCCCUUCACUUCAUCCCCAGGACGCAAGUGUGUGAUGGCCAGCUGGACUGUGCCUCAGGGGAGGAUGAGCUGCACUGUGUCAAGAACUACCCUGAUGGGCCCCCAGUGGGAGUCCGCCUCUCCAAAGACCGAUCCACCCUGCAGGUGCUGGACCCCACUACAGGGGCCUGGGCCUCAGCCUGUUUCGACAACUUCACAGAAACUCUGGCCAAGACAGCCUGUGGGCAGAUGGGCUAUGACAGCAAACCCACCUUUAGAGCAGUGGAAAUUAGCCCAGACCAGGAUCUGGAUGUUGUUGAAAUCACGGAAAACAGCCAAGAGCUUCAUGUGCAGAACUCAAGUGGACCCUGUCUCUCAGGAUCCCUGGUUUCCCUGUACUGCCUUGCCUGUGGGGAGAGCCUGAAGGCCCCUCGGGUGGUGGGCGGGGAGAAGGCCUCUGUGGAUUCUUGGCCUUGGCAAGUCAGUAUCCAGUACAAUAGACACAUCUGUGGAGGAAGCAUCCUGGACCCUCACUGGAUCCUCACAGCAGCCCACUGCUUCAGGAAGCACCUUGAUGUGUCCCACUGGAAGGUGAGGGUUGGAUCAGACAAACUGGGCAACUUCCCAUCCCUGCCUGUGGCCAAAAUCUUCACCAUUGAACUCAACACCAAGUACCCCAAAGAGAAGGACAUUGCCCUCGUGAAGCUGCAGUUCCCACUGACAUUCUCAGGUACUGUCAGACCCAUCUGCCUGCCCUUCUCUGAUGAGGAUCUCACUCCAGCCACCCCACUCUGGGUUAUUGGAUGGGGCUUUACAGAGCAGGAUGGAGGGAAGAUGUCUGAUACACUGCUGCAGGCUUCGGUUCAGGUCAUUGACAGCACAAGGUGCAAUGCAGAGGAUGCAUACCAGGGGGAAGUUACCAAGAAGAUGUUGUGUGCAGGCAUCCUGAAGGGCGGCGUGGACACCUGCCAGGGUGACAGUGGUGGGCCCCUGAUGUACCAGGCUGACCAGUGGCAAGUGGUAGGUAUCGUGAGCUGGGGUCAUGGCUGUGGGGGCCCAAGCACUCCAGGAGUGUACACCAAGGUCACAGCCUAUCUCAACUGGAUCUACAGUGUCCGGAAGGCUGAGCUGUAA